AGCCACAUCCGUUUAUUUCGCGCAUCUUCCCUUCCUCACAGAUGCCUUUUGCUUGUCUUCCAUCGAUAACUAGAGAACUGCUUCAAAUCCCUACAUUCCCAGUUCGAGCAUCCUUCCUCACAGAUGCCUUCUACUUGUCUUCCAUCUAUCCUCGUCACAACUCCUAUUUCGAGUUAGUUUUCGAUGCUGGGAGAUUCUAAUUUCUUCUCGAUGGUAUAGAUAGCUGAUCAAUUAUAAUAUAUUGAUGGAAUCAAAGAGUUGAUCAUUUCACACUCUGCAAUGAUGGUGUCCUGCAAGUAAUUUCCCAUGCUGUUUGGAUGAAUGAUUUGCUUGGGCCCGACGACUGACACGUGGCUCAGGUACUAUAAAAGUCACGCGCAAGGUGACAUGACUUCGCCUACUCCGACAACCUCCGGAGCUUCCAAAGCUGGAAAUUGGUUUUCGCCUCGAAACUAAUAAAGACCAAAUCGUAGAGUUACUUUUGGCUUUCAUUUCUGGCUAAACUUCUCGCUUCCCAUUUUUCUUCUUCUUCUUCUUCUUCAAUCCUAACUGUUCGGAGACUCUUCGGAGCUGCCAUGGCUUCUUCCAUUGCCGUAUCAGAUGUCGUUGCCUUCAGAUCCGCCGCGAGAUUCGGAUGUCCCGGAGACCGCAAAUUUGGUCAGUUUCGCCAAUGGUCUCCGACUCUGGGUGGAAUCAAAUCGGCGCAUGCCCGGCCUUGCGUUGGCCUCCGGUGCAGGUCGAAGGGCUCGUUUACUUCUUCGGGGGUGAGGGCCCAGGUAACCACUCUCGAGCAAGCAAGCGCUAAAACAGCCAAAGACGUGGUAGCCCCUGUGGUGAUUGUUACAGGAGGUUCUAGGGGUAUUGGCAAAGCAAUUGCGUUGUCAUUGGGACAAGCCGGUUGCAAGGUCCUGGUUAAUUAUGCUAGGUCAUCCAAGGAAGCUGAGGAAGUCACUAAAGAGAUUGAGGCAAGUGGUGGACAAGCCCUGACUUUUGGAGGAGAUGUUUCAAAAGAAGCUGAUGUCGAAUCAAUGAUUAAAACUGCAGUUGAUGCAUGGGGAACUGUUGAUAUAUUGAUAAACAAUGCAGGAAUUACUCGGGAUACUUUAUUGAUGAGAAUGAAGAAAUCUCAGUGGCAAGAGGUUAUUGAUUUAAAUCUUACGGGUGUAUAUCUCUGUACACAGGCAGCAGCAAAAAUUAUGAUGAAGAAGAAAAAGGGAAGGAUAAUCAAUAUUGCAUCAGUUGUUGGCCUGGUUGGGAAUGCUGGUCAAGCCAACUACAGUGCCGCAAAAGCAGGGGUAAUUGGCCUGACAAAGACUGUUGCAAAGGAAUAUGCAAGCAGAAACAUCAAUGUUAAUGCUGUUGCCCCAGGGUUUAUUGCAUCCGACAUGACAGCCAAGCUAGGGGAAGAUAUUGAGAAGAAAAUCUUGGAGACCAUCCCAUUAGGAAGGUAUGGCCAACCAGAAGAAGUUGCAGGACUGGUGGAAUUCUUGGCCCUUAACCCUGCGGCCAGUUACAUCACUGGACAGGUGUUCACCAUUGAUGGAGGAAUGGUGAUGUAGGUUAGUUGCCCAUCCGUCUGAUUAUGCGCUAGCAGGGCUUUUCAGCUUCACAGUUCGGACAUAUGGCACUGGCCACAAGGUUCAUCUUCGCGUGACAAUCUAUGUGGAAGCUUAUGUACUUGCGCUUUUUUCUUGAGAUGGUUAGGUUUUAAAAUAAUCCUCCGGCUAUUUUGAUAGAAUUUCAAUUAAGCUUGUUAAUGAAACUAGAUAAAUGAUAUAUAAAUAUCGAUCACAGAUAUAUGGGAUAA